UGGUGAGAAUGGACGCAGAGAAGAACCACCAUCGCUCCAAGAAACUGAGCACUUUGGAGAAGGGCCUGAUAUUUCUCUUCGUGGCUGUUACCGCAAUCUGCAUUGCUCUUAUGGUCAUCUACUUCACUGACAAAUCUGACUCGUCUACCGAAGAAGGAGUGGACUCAGGGUGUGGCGGUCCUCAGGAGCUGUCGGGAGAGUCGGGCACCUUCACCAGCUGGAAUUACCCCAGUAGCUAUGACAACGGCAAGAGCUGCGCCUGGCACAUCACUGUGAACCCCGGCAAGGUGAUCCAUCUGUGGUUUGAAGAGUUUGCUUUGGAGGACACCCAACUCUGCACAGCAGACGCUGUCACACUCAGAGACUCGCUGGGAGUCAUCGGAAAAUAUUGUGGCUAUACCAUGCCUAAGCCGGUGGUGUCACUGGAAAACCACAUGAUGGUCUACUUUGACACAAAUGAAAGAAAGACAGACCAAGGAUUCAAGGCUCAUUAUAAAGCUGUGGCUCCGGAAAGCACAUCAGAAAUAGCAGGAGCCGGCGGCUUUCUGCAAGGUGACCAGGGGGAUCUGCUGACACCCGGCUUCCCUCAGCAGAACUACCAGAAUGGGGCGUUGUACCAGUGGGUCAUCACAGUACCUGGUGAAGAGAAAGUCCGACUGACUUUCACCUUCUUUGACCUGGUCCCUGAGGUCUGUGCAGACUUUGUUCAGGUCUUUGAUGGCCACACAGCUGGCUCCUCGUUAUUAGGUAAAUACUGUGGUGGAAAAAUCCCAAAUCCAGUGGAGUCCAGUGGGAAGACGAUGCUGGUCCGUUUCAAAUCAGACGGCAGUCAGAAUUCCAAAGGAUUCAGUGCAACUUACACCAAGUCCAGCCUUCCACCUGUUGUUAUUCCCACCACAACCAAACCCAGCACAACCAAACCCACCACACAAACGCCUCCAACCACCACAGCACCUGCUGUGUCAGGAUGCGGUGGUCCAGCAACACUCAGUGGACGUAAGGGAGUGAUCCAGUCCUUGGGGUUCCCAAAUCCAUACCCUGCUCAUCUGAACUGUUCCUGGAAGAUAACUGUUCCCAGAGGGUUCCUGGUUAGUCUGCAGAUGACUGACAUGGCGAUUGCUGGACAUACUGGUUAUUGCAAAGAGGACAAACUGGUCAUCUCAGAUAAAUUCAGCACACUGGGGACACACUGUGGUUACGUCCUUCCUCCAGCAGCGGUCAGUGCCGGCGACACCGUAUCUGUCACCUUUCAGUCUGACAGUCGCCUUUCAGACCGAGGAUUCUCUGCAACGUGGAAGGCCGUUUAUCCUGAGGAUAUCGCAGAAUUGCAGGGCUGUGGUGGUUCUUUCAAGGAGGAAACAGGUUUUAUGAAGUCCCCGAGCUGGCCCAUGAACUACAAGGCUAAUACUGAGUGCAUGUGGAACAUUGUGCUGCCAUUGUGGAAGACGAUCACACUCACAUUCACUCACUUUGAUCUGGAAGAUGAAUGGAUCUUGACUUUCAAAUGUGUGGAUACUGUCAUGGUGUACGACAUCAGUACUCUGACUAAUACACUGAAUACAAAGCAUGGUCCAUUUUGUGGCAAGACUCAACCUAGUACCAUCCAGACAAAAGGCAAUCGGUUGGUACUUCGAUUCCAUUCAAACACAUUUAAUGAAGCCAAAGGAUUCAGAGCCUAUUGGACAACAAACCCUAGUCUGCCUGCUCCAACUGAGCCUCCUGUUCAGCCAAACCCAUGGGACAACAUUACCAUAGACUGGCCCAGUACAUGUGGAAAACCGGCCAUUCCUCCCAACAUCAUGUCACGUAUUGUCAACGGAGAUCCAGCCAAGCCUCACUCCUGGCCCUGGCAAGUGUCCAUGCAGGUCCAGUCAUUCAGUCAUCCAGAGUUCAGAUUCUCACACAUCUGUGGAGGUACUCUUAUUCAUAAGAACUGGGUCCUUACAGCAGCCCACUGCUUCAUGUUCAAUGUCGAUGUGCUGCCAUUGUGGCGCAUGUGCCUUGGCAAGCACAACUUGACCUACACUGAGCCAAGUGAGCAGUGCUUCAACGUGACUGGCAUCAUUCUCCAUGAGGGCUUCAAAUAUCCCAGAGUGCCCUCGUUGGAGUUUGACAUUGCCCUGGUUAGGCUCGACGGGGAGGUGACGCCCAGCGAUGAUAUUUCCUUUGCCUGCCUUCCUUCAGAGGAGGAAAUCCUACCUCAGGGCAAGAAGUGCUUCGCCACAGGCUGGGGAGAUGAGACUGGUAACUUCAGAAAUGUUACGCUUGCAGAGGCACUGAACCAGGUUGCGCUGCCUGUUGUGCCUUUUGAUACCUGCAAGACGUUAGAUUACUGGUGGUUCCUGGUCAAGGCGUCCAUGAUCUGCUGCGGUUAUACCCUGCCCGAUGAACUCAAGUCCACCUGUAAGGGAGAUUCAGGUGGUCCUCUGGUGUGCCAAAACACUACCGGUAACUCUUGGGAGGUUCAUGGUAUAACCAGCUUCGGCCCUAUUGGAUGCAUUAUGAAUAAAAAGCCCUCCGUGUUCACCCGCACCUCUGCCUAUCUCCCCUGGAUCAACAACAUCAUUCGCAAAAACAUCUACAAUGCACAAACAUCUGGUUGUGGUGGACCAAAGGACUUGAAUGGAACAGGUGGCACUAUUUCUUCUAUGGGGUACCCUGGCAUCUACAGCAACAAAGCCCACUGCCAGUGGAACAUCAAGGUCACCCACAACAAAGUGAUCCAUCUUCAUUUCCACAAUUUCUCACUGGAAGAGAGUCUGUUUUGCAUGAAUGACAAAGUUAGCCUCAAAGACAAAACCGGAAGUCUAGGUACACACUGUAGCCAUGUGCCACCUCAGGACCUGGUGAGCGACGGAGACACUCUUCAUAUCACUUUCUCUACCAACGGCAAGGUGGUGGAUACGGGAUUCAUUGCCACCUGGAAGGCAGUGGACCCUACAGAUGCUCCUUGUGGUGGAACCUUCAGCGGGGAUCAAGGAGAAAUAACUUCUCCUAAUUGGCCGGGUGACUAUCAAGCCCAGUCUGUGUGCACGUGGCGUAUAACCAUUCCUUCAACACAAUUCAUUCACAUCAGCUUCACUCACUUUGAGUUGCAAGCUGUAAAUGUGUUUGGAAAGUGUGUGGACUAUGUGGAGAUCAUCAGUGGACAAAGCAUGGCUCCUCAAGGCAGAUUCUGUGGCUUCGCCCCACCUCCAAAUAUCACCAUCACUGGUAACACAGCUAUCAUACGGUUUGUAAGUAAUGGAGCCAAUCAGCAGAUGGGUUUCCGUGGUUACUGGACCACUGAUGCUGGUGUUAUCCCAACUCUGCCUCCUCCACCUGCUAACCCUUGGGACAACAUUACAAUCAAUUGGCCAGAAGACUGUGGCAACCCGGCAGUGACACCCAAUACCGCCACUCUGAGGGUGGUGAAUGGAAUAGAGGCAGUGCCACAUUCUUGGCCCUGGCAAGUCUCCAUGCAGUUAUCACUGACUACAUCCUAUAGGCAUAUCUGUGGAGGGUCUCUGAUUCACAAACAAUGGGUCCUUACUGCUGCUCACUGCUUCAUGAGCCAACGAAACAAAACGUCUCUCUGGCGGAUGUGUCUGGGAAAGCAUCACAUGAACUCCACCUUGGAUGUUCCCUCAGCAGAGGCAUGCUACAAGGUCGAUGGCAUCGUCCGCCAUGAGGGGUUUGUCUAUGAGCAGGAUUACUCUGAUCUCGCUAAUGACAUUGCUUUGGUGCAUUUGGCUCAGCCUGUCAACAUGACGAGGGAGAUCAGCCCGAUCUGUCUGCCAGAACCUGGAGCAGUGAUGCCUGCUGGGACACCCUGCUUUGUCACUGGCUGGGGCGAUGAGAAAGGAAGACCGUUUCCAAUAGUGUCAGAGAAGCUGAAUCAGGCCGCCCUCCCUGUGAUCGACUUCCCCACCUGCAGUAAACCUGCUUACUGGUGGAGCUUCCUCAGACCCUCCAUGAUCUGUGCCGGCUUCGAAAGCCCUGAUGAGCUAAAGUCUGCCUGCCAGGGGGACUCUGGAGGACCUUUUGCCUGUUCUGCUUCUGGAACCAACACAACAUGGGAGGUUCAUGGUAUUACCAGCUUUGGACCACGAGGCUGCAUUCGAGACAAGAAGCCAUCAGUAUUCACCCGUGUUUCUGCAUUCAGCAACUGGAUCCACCACAACAUCAAGAAGUUUAUGUAUGAAAACGGUAUAACUGUGUAAAGAUGAUACGUUGAAAUAAUGUUUUCCACUGGAUGUAUUUUUUUAAUCUGAUUUCUUUAUUUUUCCACACCUGAUAAAUCACUGAACUGUCUUAUACAAGGUGUGUGGUAAUGUGAGGUUUUUCUGUACUGUUAACAAGACAAACUAGUGUAAAGAAGAGGAGAGUUAACUAUCAUAUUCUCCAUCAGACAGCU